AGCUGCCAAAGGAUACAGAGAAAGCGGUGAGUUGGUAGCCAGUUGAGCUGAAUUCAGCAGCAGGGUCCACUCCUCGUGGUGAACUAGCAACAAAGGCCCAAGUCAAAAGUGCAGAGUGACCGAACGAGAGUUGCAAGGAGAGCUUUUAUCUUGAAGUUCGAGAGAAGCUGGACUGAACAUCAAGUAAAAUCCAGAAGACCAGUGGUGAUAAUGGCCGAUCACCUUGCAGAUCUUAGAGCUCCAAACGAUCUCUCAGCACCAACUAUUCCGGCUUCAUACUAUGUUCUUAGCAAGUCAGAGAUGAUGCAGCAUGGCUACCGUAUGCCCGCUGUUACUUCCCCCGGAACCAACAGUCAAUUGCCUGCAGGCUUUGUGAUGACUCAACCUGCUUUGGGAAGGAGUUUCCCGGAGAUGGUUGCAGUGGAUUGUGAAAUGUGCCGUACUGCCGCUGGUCUGGAGCUCACACGGGUCUCACUGGUCGAUACGAACAAAACGGUUCUCAUUGACAGUCUUGUAAUGCCUACAAAUCCAAUUCUCAACUACAACACUCGGUACAGCGGUAUCACAGCAGCGCGUUUGAGGGACGUAAAUACAACACUGAAGGACAUUCAGGAGCACUUCAUCCAAAUCGUAUCUGCAGAAACCAUACUUGUAGGCCAUUCACUGGAACGCGAUUUGGCAGCAUUGAAGGUCAUACAUAUGAAAGUGAUUGACACUGCUUUGUUAUACCAACAUCCGAGACAUGGCGGGAAGAUAAAGCCUGCGCUUCGAAUGUUGGCCGACAAAUGGCUUAAACGCAGUAUUCAGAAUGGAUCGGAAGGCCAUGACAGCAUAGAGGAUGCAGAGGCUGCAAUGGAUUUGACAAUGCUGAAAAUUCGAAAAGGUCGUUCUUGGUGUCCGUACUGGUGAGGACCGUGCACUCAUCGUCACUUUACUCCAGGUCGUCAGCCAAUGAAACAGCGGAGGGAUGGUAAGAGUGUGUCCGCACAAUAGUGUGAUCAUGAAUUUUGGAGACAAACAUGAUGUGUGUACUGUACAUUCAUACGUACAAAAAAAACUCAAUUACGACGGUUGCAUGUCUGUUGUGGUUGUUGUUUUACAAUCUU